AUGCCAAUCAACCUUCAAGUCCGGUGGGGGAGAAUCCUACUUCUUAUCAACCUAUGUCUCUUCAGUUUCGCGGUGCUUCUGAAUAUGUGGGCUCUUCGCGGGUGGAACUCCUUUGGCAACAAAGAAUUGCUUCAAGCCAGCAAUAGCCACCACCGAGACCCCCUGGGCUAUUACCCUCUUCUAGACGUAGCAACCUACGGUCCCAUGAGAUUCGAUGCAGAGUUAAGGGGAAAGUCGAUCUUCAAGGGCCCCCCUAGCGAACUACUUGACAAUGCUUGGAGCAAACUGGUUAAUCAGCCUAUGAUUUUAGUGGACAACGAGGCACUACAAUCUUUUGAUCCUACUUCCAAACCUUCGAAGGGUGUCGACGGACAUUAUUAUGCUACAGUUGAAGUGUAUCAUCAGCUUCAUUGCUUAGACAUAAUCCGCAAGUUUAUCUGGAGGAACCACUAUCAACAUGUAGACACGUUUAUGGAUCCUCCGCAGAUGGUAUGGGAACACGUCGAUCAUUGCAUAGAUCUGCUUCGUCAGGUGCUCAUGUGCAAUGGCGAUAUUGGGCUCAUCUUCUACACCGAUGUUGGCAAGGAACAGCCUAUCGCACGAGUGUCCACAACGCACAUGUGUCGAAACUUUUCACAGAUUACAGAGUGGGUAAACGGUCACGAUUCCGAGUUGGGUGUUUUUGCGGAGGUUUGA